CCUACUGCACAGUAUCCUCCUGUGGCCCGUUGCCUUGUAGCGAUAACUGAUCUUGUACGUCCAGCUUCUGUGGUCUUAUCACCACCAACUCCAGCCUGGCAAUUGGUUGGGGUGCGUGGCACUACCGUGUGCGCCAGACUGGCGAGACCACCUCCAGGCGUUUGUUUCGCCUGGCGAAUUCGAAUCUGCAAUAGCUCUGCUGGGAGUUCACCAAGCGACAGCCUGCGGACUUGUCAGUGCUUCACAGAGACAGCCUCCACAAGGAGUUUCACUGAGCCUAUGCCUGAGCGUACUGGGUCCAGUACAGGCUCCACUGGCGAUUCAAGUUCAAGGCUACUAGUAGGGCUAGAGAUCCGACGAGCCGGAUCGCUACGGCAGAGCUGCCUCUAGAAAUACCUGGCAUUGGUAGCUUUGCCGAACCGAGACAGGGUUUCCCAGGGCUACUAGGGCUAGAGACCUGACACACCGUAGUGCCACGGCAGAGCUGCUGCGAGGAAGCUCAGCCUGGCCUGGGGACGAUCCUUCGUGCGAUCAGCAAGGCGGCCCUUCGCUACACGCGGUUGACCGGUCACGCGGAGUUGCUAGUGGGUUGCUAGUGCGAUAUGUCGGUCCGAGUCUCGAACUGACUUUUGAGUCGACUCAACGGUCACGCGGAGUUGCUUGCGGGUUGCUAGAGCGAUAUGUCGGUCCGAGUCGCGAUGGAACUUUCCUUCAGUCUCAGUCGGCCCGCGCGCGAUUCGAAAGCAAAGAUGAUUGAUCCGUUUGAGGUUCCAUAAAAGAAAUCAGCGUUCAUUUCAGCUCGUCGUCAGUCCAGAUCAACAACCUUUCCCCGACAUUACUAUCAUUACCAGCUCAACAGGCAGCCCAGUCAUUACUAGCAGAGUGCGUUCUUGUUAUAAGUAGGGUUGUUACACGUGCCAACUAUGGGAAGGCUUGAAAAUUUCGCCCUGCCGUUUCUGUUCCUGUUGCCGUGCUGCAUGAUGGCGUGUGCGCCAGCAGAUGCAGCACGCGCGUUGAAGGAGAAUCUGGUCAACCCCAAUGGCCCAACCCUCUCACUCCAGGCGUUUCGUAACACAGCAGCUGACAACGCUUCUCUUUCCCCUGCUGCUGCAGCAGCAGCAGCAGCCGGAGGCGAUCAGAACAAUGGUUCUGCCACGGAGGCUGCUGUGGAAUCUGAGCCGCCCAUCAACCCCGUCUCCGAGCCUGCUGCGGGAUGCGAGGAGUCUCCAGCUGAUAAUGUUGGCGAUGUGGAGACAGCUGACGAGCAGACAGGGGACGAGCAGACAGGCGACGAGCAGACAGGGGACGAGCAGACAGGUGACGAGCAGACAGGGGACGAGCAGACAGGCGACGAGCAGACAGGGGACGAGCAGACAGGCGACGAGCAGACAGGGGACGAGCAGACAGGCGACGAGCAGACAGGGGACGAGCAGACAGGGGACGAGCAGACAGGCGACGAGCAGACAGGGGACGAGCAGACAGGCGACGAGCAGACAGGGGACGAGCAGACAGGGGACGAGCAGACAGGCGACGAGCAGACAGGGGACGAGCAGACAGGCGACGAGCAGACAGGCGACGAGCAGACAGGGGACGAGCAGACAGGCGACGAGCAGACAGGUGACGAGCAGACAGGGGACGAGCAGACAGGCGACGAGCAGACAGGUGACGAGCAGACAGGCGACGAGCAGACAGGGGACGAGCAGACAGGCGACGAGCAGACAGGUGACGAGCAGACAGGGGACGAGCAGACAGGCGACGAGCAGACAGGUGACGAGCAGACAGGCGACGAGCAGACAGGGGACGAGCAGACAGGCGACGAGCAGACAGGUGACGAGCAGACAGGGGACGAGCAGACAGGCGACGAGCAGACAGGGGACGAGCAGACAGGCGACGAGCAGACAGGCGACGAGCAGACAGGUGACGAGCCUGAUAGUGCUGACUCCAGUGCUCCUGUUCCGAAUGACCAUGGUCCGUACCUUCUGGGAUCUGAUCUAAAGCCUGCCGAGGGAUCAGAAGAGGAGGUUCCAGCAGGAGAUGAGCAUGGGCCGUUGCCAGUAGUCCAUGUUCCUCAGCCGGAAGAUGCAGAUGAGGAAGAGGCUUCAGGUUCCCAGGGUGCUCCACCCAAGCCUGAUGGUGCUGAUAUCAAUCCUCCACCUGUUUCGAAUGCCUGGUUGAGGUCAGGUGACGAAAUGGCACAGAUGGCAAACGACCAUGGUCCGGACCUCAUGACAACCGAUCCUGUCCCAUCAGCUGAGGAUGAUUCUUCUUUCCCACCAGCUGAGAUUUCCUCUAUUUUCCCAGCAGCAGCAACAGCAGCCGUAGGCGAUCAAGGCGGAGGUUCCAGCGUGGAGGCUGCAGUGGCAUCUGAGGCGUCCAUCGACCCUGCCUUCGAGGCUGCUGUGGGACAUGAGGAGAUUCCAGCUGGUUAUGGUGAUGAUGAGCAGACAGUUGACAAACAGGCAGGUGACGAGCCUAUUGGUACCGAGUUCGGUGCUCCGCCUGUUCCCAGUGCCUGGUUGAGGUCAAUUGACCAACUGGCACCGAUGCUGAAUGACCAUGGUCCAUACCUUGUUGGGUCCGAUUUCAUGCCAGCCGUGGGAUCAGAGGAGGCUCCAGCAGGUGAUGCGCAUGGGCCCUUGUCAGUAGUCCAUGUUCCUCAGCCUGAAGAAGAAGAACCUGGGGAGGCGCCAACCGAAUCCCAGGGUGCUCCAUCCAAGCCUGAUGGUGUUGAUGCUGGUGUUCCUUUUCCCAAUGACCAUGGUCCCUACCUUCUGGGGUCCGAUCCCAUGCCAGCUGUGGGAUCAGAGGAGGCUCCUACAAGCGAUGAGCAUGGGCCCUUGCCAGUAGUUUAUGUUGCUCUGCCGGAAGCACCAGGCGGGGAAAAUCCCGCUGGUUCCCAGGAUGCUCCACCCAGGAAUUGAUAUUCCACCUGUUGGAAAUAAAAAUACAUGGUUAUGUAAGGUUGCCAUUGCCAACACCACCUUGGAAGGGAUUGCCUUUUGUCGAGUGUUGAGGGUUUGAUGUCAGCUUGCGCGCUUAUCAUGUUUCCUUGUGUGCAAAUUUCUAGUGGAGGCUAAGAGCUACU